AAAGGCUGGACAGACCACACAGGCUUUCAAAAAAGGAAGUGCACUCUGAAGGACAGAACAUUUUUGCCUCACAAUAUUGCAAUACAUGCUCUUUACCAGACUUUCAGACACGGAGUUGCUGACACUAUGAAUGGCAAGGCAGAUGUGAAGUCCCUCAUGGCGAAAUUUAACACGGGUAACAACCCAUCAGAGGACUUUUCGGUUAGCAAUCAACCCUUCAAAAUCCCAGGACAACCUUCAUCUUCAGGACUACAGGCAAGGAAAUCUGCACUUGAGAAAUUUACCAGUCCUCCUUCAGGUCCCAAUACCUUUCACAAGUCUGCAUCUCCUAAACCGUCAUUUGGAGUAAAACGUUCUAUUGAAGAUAAAACAGAAAGGGAUCCAAAACCUCCCUAUUUGAAACAUAACCCUGUGGCACACAAGUUCGGGUCUCCGGUUAAUGCAGCUAACAGAGAAGCUGAUGGAAAAGCUGGAGUCCCUAAAUAUCUGGGUCCUAAAGCCACUGAACUGUCAAAAGAAGAACCCAAGCCUGUGUUUCCAAAACCUUCUGUAAACAAGUUCCUUAGCUCUACUGCCCAGGAGAAUGACAUAAAGCCGCCAGGACCUAAGCCCAAUUUUAAUUCUGCACCACAAGACAGUGAGCCAAAACCAGCAUUCCCUAAACUAGCUGGGGUUAAAGAAAAGUUCAUUGCUGCAUCACAAGAAAAUGACCUCAAGCCUCCUUUCCCUAAACCACCCAUUGGGCAAAAACCUUCUCUAAAUCCUGAUGUCUCCCACCACGAAGAUAUUUCCAAUAGACAUGCUUUUCUGACUAAGGGAUCUUCAGGCUCUCUAGGCCCAAGACCAAAAAUACAUUCAUUUAAAUUACCAAAGGAAACAGCAGAAAACAGCAGUAAUGGAACCGAUUCCCCAGAUGGUCAUUUUCCUGCUGUGACUCUGAAAUCUAUUGGUAAUCGGAGCACCCCAAGCUCUCUUGCUUAUGCAGGACAGGUCCCAAAAAACAUUGAGGAAAAGACUGAAGAUAAUAGAUCGGGGGUCGCCAAGAAUAUUUUCCUCAGUAAAAUUAAUCAGGAAGAUUCUGGUCCAACUCCGCCUAAAUUCCUCAAGCCAACUGCCAAGCUUGCUGCAGGAGGACCAUCGGGCGGCUUCUGCGAGAGACAAGAGGGAGACAAGAAUUCUACAACUCCCAAGCGCAAAGCAUUACCUCCAUUAUUUAAAUUGGGCCAGCCUCCCCAAAAGCCCAGCAGACCCCCAACUGUGGAGCUGGAAAGAUUCCGAAAAAAUAGUGCAAGAGACAGUUCUAACAAAGACGCUGUUAAACAGAUCUCCCACUCAGUGCUCUCCUUACCUUUACUUCCACCCUCACAUUCUGCUACACAGAUACCACCACCUCCUCCCUCAGCUUCUCACCCAUCAACACAAGCACCACCAGUUCCUAGCCUACCUCCCAGAAACAUCAAACCCAGCUCUGAUCCCUUAAAUCCAGACAAUGAACAAAGUUACGAUGAUGUUGAAUUUGGUUCAGAUGGUCAUGGAAAUACAGAUGGGGGUCAAGAGAGUGAUGGAGAGACGUAUGAAGAUAUCAAUGACAUCAGAGCCACAUCAAAAGAACAAGAAAAGAAGAGAGAGAAAGAAGAAAAGAAAAAAUUAGAACAAGAGAAGAAAGAACAAAGGGAAAAAGAAAAGAAAGAGCAAGAAAUCAGAAAGAGGUUCAAAUUAUCAGGACCCAUCCAAGUCAUUCAUCAGGCACGAGUUUGCAUGGACUAUAAGGGAGGGAAGAAUGAGCUGACUGUCAAACAGGGUGAUAAUAUUGAAAUCAUCCGUAUUACAGACAACCCUGAAGGGAAGUGGCUGGGCAGGACAACAAAAGGAUAUUAUGGAUACAUUAAAACAAUUGUGGUGGAGAUUGACUAUGAUUCCUUAAAAAGGAAACAAAGACCUUCCAUGAGUGCUUCCCUGAGACGUGUAGACAAUGACCAAGAAGUGUAUGAUGAUGUUGGAGAGCAGGACAGUAUCAGCAGCCAAAGUGGUCGAAGUGGAUCUGGAGUGAUGUUCCCACCUCCUCUCCCUGAUGAAGAAAUUUAUGAUGGAAUUGAUGAUGAAGAUGUUAAUGCUAGGUCUAUAUCACAGGAUGAAGAUAAGAAUGACUCCCGGUCCCGGGGACUUUUGAAGAUGUUAAAGGGAAAAGAUGACAAAAAGAAAAGUGUACGAGAGAAAACAACCAAAGUCAAUGAGGCAGAAGAUAACAGAGGUUCCUUCAUGAAUCCUCCAAUAAAGAUGUUUGGGAAAGAUGCAAGAGACAAUGAUGUUUAUGAUGAUGUAGAAUCAUCCGAAUUCCCUCCUCCACCAAUAGAAAUUGGAUCAUCAUUAAUUAUGAAAUCUCUGAGCCUCGGAAGGGGUAAAUCAGAUGAGAAAGACACACGAAAGCUUAAAAAGAUGGAAAAAGAGGAGAAAGAGUUCAGAAAAAAGUUUAAAUUUGAAGGUGAAAUUAGAGUUCUUUAUUCCACUAUGAUUAUCGCAGAUCUGCCGUCUAAAAAAUGGGGAGCAAAAGACUUACCAGUGAAACCAGGGGAGUCAGUUGAAGUUAUACAAAUCAUAGAUGAUGCCAAGGUCCUGUGUAGGAACAAAGAAGGGAAAUAUGGCUAUGUCCUGAGAAGCAGUUUAAUGGAGAAUGAUGGAGAUAUCUAUGAUGAUAUUGCUGAUGGUUGCAUCUAUGAUAAUGAUUAAUCUUGAAUAUUGUUAAAGUGUGAACUUCAUUGUGGGUACUAUCUCCUCUGGAUUUUCAAUUGGCAUAAAACAUCACCAAAGCUGAUUAGUCACAAGUUAUGGCUAUCAUCAGUGAUUACUCUUCUACAUGUACCAAGUUUUGGUUAACCUAUGUCGAACGUUAGAUCUUUUGGAUUUAUUGCUUUGAAUGGCAUUUCCUCUUUGUCAUGUAUCAGCACAACUAAAAUUUGGGUAAUCUGAAUUGAAAUUAAAGUUUUCAUCACAUGUGUCCUUUCUGCCUCUGCCACAGUCGACUGGUCCAUAUAAAAAUAAUUCAUCAGACAACUUCACCCAAUGCCAAUUCAUGGCUACAAAGGAUAUGUGGGCCAGUAGGCCCUGGUAGCAUGGACUGCCCACUUUGUGGAGGACAGCAUCAUGAAAAGAAAUAUAACUACCAAUGGUAGGCAUCAUUGUUGUGAAAGCAGAAAAUAGAAGUGGGUGGCAGAAAAGCCAAUAUAUCAUUGACUCAAUAUUCCAAUUUUAAUAGUCAGGAUUAAUGUGAUAAACAUGGCCAUGUGCCUCCACUGCUAAAGUUUAUACUGUACCAGUAACAGACUGUAGUUCUCUAAAAUGAUCAUUAAAUGUUUCAUAUGUUAUUUUUGAAUACAUAAUAAUUACACAAUAAUAAACAUAAUUUAUCGGG